AUGUCGCAGAAGAAGCCCAACCGCGGACUCUUACACCGGAUCGUUGAGGCAGCCUUAGAUCGCGAGGAGGCGGGCUACCCACCCAUGGCUGCACACGCAGCAGCAGCUUUGGGUUCCCAGAAUGGUGGAUAUGGACAAGAUAUUCCAGGAGGCCCACCAAAGCGAGUGGCAACAACACAGUUGGAAUCUCUCAUUCCAACCAACGACAAGCUCCUCGUCUUCCGCGCCUUAACCGGCAUCGACAGCGUCCCCGCGCUCACACAACAGGGACAUCUCCUCCGCAGUGCGCCGAACAUCGGUAUCUAUACCCGCGUCAUCACCAAUGAAACUAAGGCACAGCGCGCCUACAAAAUCUUUAACUUCCUCAUCAACACCUGCCUCGGAAUUCAAGUCGUCGUUGCCGCCGCAGUGACUGCGCUCGGCGCAGCUAGCGGCCCACACUCUGCCGUCACCGCGUUCGGCGCCAUCAACACAAUCAUGGCCGGUGUCUUAACCUACCUCCGCGGCUCCGGUCUGCCAGAUCGUCUGAAGCACUACCAGAAUCAAUGGAAGAAUAUCCGCGAGUACAUCGAGCAACGUGAACGCGAGUUCUGCUUGGUCAGCUGCGAUCUAGACGUACAAGAAGAAGUCUUCAUCGUCGAAAGCAUGUACCAAAGCGUCAAAUCAGAAAUGGAAACGACAAAGAGCACCGACAGCAAGACACAGCAACCUGACGAUCCACGCAUCCGCCGCUCCGUCUUGCCACCUUCACAUGAUCAGUCCUACAGGGGAUCUGCGACGCCAGGACGCGCUGACACGACGCUGACUUACGACCCAUCUCGCCAGAGGCAACAUACCGAGUCUGGGCCAGUCAGUCCAAUCGCCACUCCAGAGGCGGCGCUGGAGAAGGAGAAGCAGUGA